GAAAACUGCCUUUCCCCGGCCGGGAGCGCGCUCGGGCCGUAGUUAGACGGGCAGAAGGCGGAGCUGCCGCGGACGGCCGGGGUGUCCCAUGUGUGGGAGGGGAGGAGGGCCGCCCUGCCGCAGCGCGAGCUCAGAUCCUCCCCCGGCCAACCUCCCUAACUUGGUCUCUUCAGUUUCCCUGUUAGUCCCAUUUUGUGGAUGAGGCGAGUGAGGCCCAGAGCUAGGAAAUAAUACGGGAUCGGACGCCCGGCUGAGCCUCCUCAUGCGCCCCUUGGGAGAAGGACGGCCGGCCUUGGAGGUUGGGAGCGGCCUGCGCCCCUCCGGGCAAGCGUUCCCUUUGCCAGAGAACAAACCUAGUCCUUUUACGCGGCAGCGCCAUUCAAUCCUUAACCUUCCGUUAAUCCCGCUCUGUGUCAAGCCUGGGCAGACACGGUCUAAGGGAAGGGGCCACCCAGAACUUCCUACACAGCUAUGACGUAAAUGGGACGGCAGGACCAAGAAAGGCUUCCCAUAGAAUGAAGGGAGGGAAGCUUGGAGUUAGAGAGAAGGGAAACUAAGUACCGCUAGUCUUGUUCUUCUUAGCGCCAUCUUCCAGUGAUGCUCAGACCGCCCAUCUUUCUAAAAGAAAGCAAAAACGGCUCUGGUCAGUUUGUCGAGAGAGACAGACUGUGAACGGAGUUAUAAAGAUGAAGGGAGCUCUGUGGAGACCCUUCCCUCUUUAUUACUGUGCCAAAAGAGCCAAUGUAAUAUGUUGAACAUCUACAGACUCCUAGGAACCAAGUAGGCCUCGCAUUGAUGGGGGAAUAGGUAAGUUGUGCUACGUGAAUGUAAUGCAAUGGACUUGCUGUGCUGCAAAACAGAUGAAUGUUGUGACUACCGAGAGGCAUGGGAAGACCUGGACAGAGGCAGAAUGAUGUAAGCAGAACCAGGAAGGACAUGCCUAUUGACUACAACACUAAUAAAUGGAGAGGACAUCCUUUAAACUAAGUGCUAUGAAAUUGUAAUGACCAAACUUAGCCCCAAAGGAGAGAGACCAUACCCUUCUUUGCAGAGGUUUAUACAGUCAAUUUGGAAUCUCGUUACUUACUAAUUCAAGGAGUUCCUGCAGUGGGAGUUAUGAAGGAGUUGAUUGAACAGUUUGCUUUAUUUGGUGCAAUUGAACAGUAUAAUGCGCUGGAUGAAUAUCCAGCAGAAGAAUUUACAGAAGUGUAUCUAAUUAAAUUCCAAAAAUUACAAAGUGCAAGGAUAGCCAAACGAAAAUUGGAUGAGCGGAGUUUUUUUGGUGGUUUACUUCACGUGUGCUAUGCUCCAGAAUUUGAAACAGUACAAGAAACCAGAGAGAAACUACAGGAGAGGCGGCGAUAUAUAGCAAGAACCACUGGGAUUAAAGAAGAUAAAGUCCAACCAAUGACAAAGAAAAAGCUGUAUAAAGAACAUACAGUUUCAAAAGAUCUCAGAAAUGACUUUCAUUCAAAGGCAUCUGAGUUUUGCGCAACCCCUUCAAACGCUCGUACUGAGUAUCCAUGGAAUUAUCAGACUAACUCUUGGAAUUCAGCUCCAUGUCACGUCUCCUCCAAGUCUGUAACCUCCCAAUCAGGAGAAUUCUUAGAAGUAACACUGAUCUCCCCUCAACAUGAUGGAAACUUUAAAAAAACUAUGUCAAGUUGUAACCAAAAUAACUCUUUGAUUCAGAAGAUUGAGAUGGAAAUACCUAAAACUUCAGUAGACUGUCUUGGACCACCAAAGGUUAUUUCCUCUAACACUGGGAUUGCUAGAUUUAUGCCUCGAACAACACAGCUACAAGAGCGAAAGCGGAGGAGAGAAGAAGACCGUAAACUUGAAACUUUUCUUGAAACAAACCCAAGUAAUAAAGAGAUUAUUAUUGGUCCACAGCUACCAGAAAUUCCCAAAGUGGAUUUGGAGGAUGAAUCUUUAAAUAUGUCAGCUAAUUUAAUCCGGAAUAAACUUAAGGAGGUAAUUUCUCCCCAACUAAAACCUUCAGAAGACAAGCUGGAAGAUACACAUAUAAGUCAACCAUUAAAACAAAGAAGAAGAAUAUAGAAGACUAUUGAUCUUGAAAUCAACAUCUUACCUGUUCCAAGAAGAUUAAUAACUUUUAUUAUUGUCACUAUUUCAUUUUUGUAUAGCUUUUGAAUAUUAAAGUAAAUAAGUUGAUCUUAUCUUUAAAAUUUAGAGUCCUGUUUCUAUUUUGCUGAGAAUUAAAUGUCUUACUUUGG